UUGUUGGCCGCUCGUGGGGCUUUAAAGGCCGCGUCCGUCAAAAAAUAUGGCACAUCUGAAUCUCAUCCAUCCACAAUAAACAGCUAAUCGACACGACUUGACGGGUAGGACGUCACCAUCAGGUCGCUGGGCUGCUUUACUCCGAUUCUGCUCCAACGACAUUCAGGGCUCAUCGGUUUGCAACCGAUUCUUGGCCUUUGGUUGCCGUCAGUUGCUAUAUCAGAAAUAAGGACAUUAAACAGCAAAACGUGCAUCUCAAAAUACAUGUUUUUUUUUCAUAUGUGUUGCAUUCGUCAUAUUUAAAUGUUGCUGUUACAGUCGGAACCAGAACCGGAACCUGACAACGCUGCACGUGCGCCGGUGCUUUCACCGGCGUGUGCACAGUCGUCUGUUUUAGAGGGAACACUGAAGCAAAUUAAGUCGUUUGACUGUGAAGUGAAAAGUUCCACUAACCCGUCAGCAUCGCACAUAUAUGUGAGAAAUGCCGUUAUUGAAGUACGAACGUCACGAGACAAAAUCACCAUUGUUAACUUCUAGUUUCCUGUGUGGGCUUUUGCGUUCUUUGUACUUCUUCAUUCAUAAUUACGUGGAAGAACAAACACUGGAUGAGACCAGACUGAACUUUUAUAUUCUUCUUCAUGUUCGUAGCAGUGAUCUUUGCAACCAAACAUUAUUCCAACUCUUGAAAAUGACUAAAAUGGUUCAGAUUCAGUUGUUUUUUAUUUAAACUGAUGAAUCUUCAAAAGCUGCUGUUAGCCCCCCCUACAGGCUGCAUCGUUCAUUACAUCUCGCUGUUUCUGUUUGUCCCAUAGGUGGUGUUAAAGAAAAGGUCAAUAAGAUAUAAAGGUUUAGCCAGACGACAAUUACAAAAAUAAAAACUAAUAAAACAUGUUUGAUUGUGAACUCUUCCUAGUAACCACAGCCUCCGUGUUGGGGAUCAUGAAUAUCUACAGCAUGUCGUGUGAUUGACGCCCGUAUGUCCUGCUCUGUGUCUUCCAGGCUGAGCUGAUCCCCGGGCAGUGUGAAGCCCAGCGAGCCGCCCUGGCAGAGCAGAUGGCCGUAAAGCUGAGCAGCCUGCACUACCCCUCGUCGGCCAGCAGGAGGCACUACAGUCAGCUGGCGAGGAACAACAGUCUGCAGGAGUUUGAAGCAGAGUACCAGGAGCUCUGGGAUUGGCUGAUGGACAUGGACGCCAUGGUAACAGACAGUCACCAGCUGAUGAUGUCAGAGGAGCAGAGACAUCACCUCUUCAAGAGCAGCCAUGCUGAGCUGAUGACGAUGGAGAGCAGGAAGACCAGCCUGCUGGGCCGAGCCGAGUCCCUGAAGAGGAGCGGAACCGAGCUGCCCGGCAACUUCCACGGCAACGUACACAACCUGACACACACGUGGAGACAGCUGGAGAAAAUCCUCUCGGACCAUUCGGGACCCGGCUCGACCGCGGACUCCUUGCUGGCCGGCGGCGGUCCGGGCGUCGCCGUGGAGAACCCCCGCUCGGCCCUCUCGCCGCUGACCAACUCGCUGCUGGAGCAGCUGGAGGCUCGCAUCAAAGAGCUGAAGGCGUGGCUGCGAGACACGGAGCUCCUCAUCUUCAACUCCUGCCUGGGACGAGACAAAGACGCCUCGGAGCAGCUCCAGAGCUUCAAGUCUCUGUGUUCGGAGGUUCGAGCCCGACGUCGAGGAGUCGCCUCCGUUCUGAAACUCUGCCAGAAGCUUCUGCAACAGAGCCAGUCGGGCCCCAUGGCGGAGGUGGGCCCAGAGGCGGAGCAGCACCGGGAGGCCCUGCAGCUGCUGUCAAUCAACCUGGAGAGGAGGUGGGAGGCGAUCGUGAUGCAGGCGCUGCAGUGGCAGAACAGACUGAGGAGAGAGCUGGGAGAGAAGCAGGUUCCUGGGAGCGUUCUGGAACCGGGUCUAGUCGACCUCCACCAGAUCAGCCUGGUCCCAGCCGGUCCGGUGGCGGCACCGCUAGACGAGUCCUGGGAAUGGGAUGAAACCGAUAUGACAAUCACAGAGCUCGAGCCGCAAGAAGCACCAGAGCCCGACCUCAUGCACAACCGCCACUCAGAGCCAAAUCUGCCUUCGGACAGCAUCCUGUCCAACGGGAAUCGACCCGAUGGGAUUCGAACUGGUGUCCCAGCCAGUCCUGAGAUGUCAUCCCAUAUGAUGGCCGGAUCCUCCUCAGAGAUUCGGCCCAAUGUGAUCUCCCAAACUCUUCCUCCGAGCAACAAUAACGUCUACCAGGUGUACAGCCUCCAUACGGUGGAGUUAUACAGGCAGCCUCAGUUUCCUCACGCUUCCUCCUCGCUGCAGAAAUCUAAAUCGGGAAUGCGGAAACAGCAGCUCCUGCUAAAGAGCCUGAGUAAGGACUCCUCGUUCUCCUCCAUCGAAUCCCUCCCGGACCUCCUGGGAGGUUUGAUGUCAAACACAGAAUACAGCAGAAUCGUUGCACACCGGGACGGGGAGAGUGAGAGCGGCAGAGGAAGCGACCAUUCGGCGAGCAGUCAGCGGUCAGAGAGCGAGAGCGGGAUUGUUAGUGAUACAGGGGACACGGAGACGAGGACUACAAACUCAGAAGUCAAGGGAGAGGAAGAGGAUCUGGGGGAAGAGGACGAAGAGGAGGAAAAGAAUCAGAGGAAGUUAGAAACAGUUGAAGGGACUCAUGUGGCACCACACAAAGGCAAUGUCACAAAGUCCAACCAAAGAACCAAGAAAGAGGAGAGUAUAAAGGACAAAGGAAAGAGAAGGGAGGAAUGCAGAAGAAACAGAGAGGAGGAGAAAAGGAGGAGGCACAGGAGGGGAGGAGGUGAGGCGGUUGAGAUCCUAAUCAACAGGCGAGGAAUCCUGACUCCCACCAACUCCGACUCUGACUUUGAGGUGGGAGGACUUGGCGUAGACUCCUCUAAGCCCUUUACGUCCCGCAGUGACUUCACGGAGUUCAAAGUAGACCUGUUUAACGGUUUGGCGACUCCUCCUGUUCUUGGCCACCGGGCGUCCAGCCCCGGAUUAUCUCAGGGCUCCUCCUUGGAGUCCCUCCUGGCUAUGGGUGUGGAGUUAUUCCCCUCCAAAGACCAGCUGCAUCGUAGCGCCUCUCUGGAGAGCUGCCUGGUCCCGUGUCGUAGCGCCGAAGAGACCGGAGGCAGCCUGGCCAGCCUCGGGGAGCUGGACCUGGGGCAGAGCAGAGACCUGGACGGAGGCGAUCCAGGAAGGAACAAUGAAAGCGCGCAAGGACAACCGAGCUCUGGGGAGCUCAGCCGGAGAACCCUCGACCUCCUGAAACGCCUGGAGAACAUCCAGAGUCCUCUGGCAGCAAAAAUGACCCGCAGUGUUUCUGACAUGACGCUUCGGAGCGGCUCCCUGCAGCGGGGCAGAAUCCCCGCCUCGCCGUCUCUCGGUGGUCGUCACGCCCCCCUCUCCGGGUUGUCGGGCUCCUCGCGGAAAGGCCCGCCGUCCCUGAUCAACGAGAGUUCGGCGACGGCGUCGCUGACAGAGCUGAGUAGCACCGAGGACUCUUCUCUGGGGUCUGAAGAUUUUGCGACGCUCCGUAAUCAACGCCACCUCCUCCUGGAUCCCGCCGCCGCGUCAUCCAACGCCAACUCGAGCUCCUGCAGGAAACGCUGCCACGGAAACAGCCAAGGAGGGCACGGCAUGGAUGAGGCGGAUGCGGCGAGUUUGAGCCUGCUGGUGAACGUCUCCUGCACGUCGGCGUGCACGGACGAAGACGAGGACGACAGCGACCUUCUGUCGUCCUCCACGCUCACGCUCACUGAGGAGGAGCUCGGUGUUCGGGACGGAGAGGACGAAGACGGGGAGAGGUUGAGCGGUGCCUCUUCCGGUAACGACGAAGACGAUGACGAAGAGGAGAUGGAGGGGUCUUACGUCCUGGGGCUGGAGUACAUGAAGAGGGAGCUGCAGAGUUGGAUCCGAUCUCCUCGCACCUCAUCUUCCUCCUCUAAAACAGAGGCGGUCCUCCGGGACGAGCUGCAGUGUGGGACCAACCUGUCCUCCGCCUUCACCUCCUCCUCUCACCGCUUUCAAAACUGCCCGAAAUUAACAGAAACCAACACCGAUAGCAGCAACAACAAAACCAAAAGAGACAACAAGGAACGGGAAGAAGAGGAGGAGAACCGGAGGAACGCAACGAGAAGCUACAUCAGCCAGUUUGUGGACGACGUGGAGAACGGGAACGUGGACCAGAGCUGUUUGAGGGGGAAAGACGAGGACGACGAGCUCCUCCGAGAGGAGUCGAGCGUGUUCACAAAGAAAGGAGAGUCGCUGAGGGAGUCCUACAUGUUCGCCAAAACAGCAGAGUCAGCUCAGGACGUCGGCGACUUGAUAGUGAAAACUAUCGAGUUGAACUCGACGAAGCAGCUUCCUCCGUCGCCGUCCUGCGAGCUCCUCCCCUUCCUGUCCACACGUGCCUCCUCUUUGGUGGGACAGCUGAGAGGGGAGCUGCCCUGCCACAGCUCCUCCCUCCCCUCGCCUCCGUCCCUCUCACCCGUCGAGGACUGCAGAUCCAACGAUGCCUCACGAAACAACAAUAACGGCAGGCCGGCAGCCGGGGGACGGAAGGCCAUCACCAGCCAGGAGAAGUUCAAGUUCUCGUCUUUUGUGACGGAGGAGACGAGGAGGGAAGUCAGAGACAAAAAAUCGUCCUUGCCUCCCAAAAAAAGGCACAAUUCUCACCCCUCCUGCUGCGGCCACCUUACCUCCCCCUCCUCUCUCCGUCCACGCGGCGUCGACAAGAAGGAGAAUGUGCACGACUUUGUCAUGGAGAUUAUUGACAUGACCUCACUUGCACUGAAGAGCAAAGAGAAUCAGCCCGAAGAGCCGAACCAGACGGACUCCAUGCCGGACCAAGGUCCUGCAUCACUAGCCCAGAUUAGAGACAAGGUCCUCGAACACUCCCACCGGCCUCUCCACCUGCGCAAGGGAGACUUCUACUCCUACCUGUCUCUCUCCUCCCACGACAGCGACUGCGGCGAGGUCAGCCAGUGCUCCGAGGACAGGAGCUCCUCCCCGGCGCCGUACAGCAUCCCGUCGUACACCACACCGACGCAGGGCCUCCACAGCCCGAGCCCCGAGCUGCAGAUAUCCAACCCGGACAACUUCCGCGCUCUGGAUUUGAAGUCUGAGGGGCCGACCAGCCCGUCUCCGUCCCUGCCCCCGAGCCCGGACAUCAGGGACGAGGAGACCCUGUUCGCGGCCUGUACGGAGGAGGUUUACCUGGGCCCGCCUCUCUGCUACAGCAUGGUGCUCACCAAGACACCACGGCGCCUCCUGAAGGAUGUGGCGUAUUUCUCCUCCUUGGACCCUGACUAUGAGCUGGAAAACAGUCUAGCUUACUUGCCUUGUUCCGAACCAGGUGAUGGUCUGACCUACCUGUCUCCCUCGGAGGAGUUUGCGUUUCCUAGAGACCAGGAUCACCUGUAUUUCCAAGCAUCCACAGAGGAAUCACACAGCUCCUCCUCUCCUUUCCUGGAGUCUUGUUACAGCUCUCUCUCCACCUCCUCCGCCUCCCUCCGGGGGCCCGGCUCCAAACCAAACGCUGACAACCCUUCCUCUCCUCCUCCUCCCGUGUCCUCUGGCGCCGAGGAAGAGAGGCGAGGUGAGGACCCGUACCUCCUCUGUGAUGUCGCUGGAGGAGAAGUCGCGGCCGCUGUGAGUGUCAGCGCGCCGCGGGAGGAGAAGAGUCGUAAUGAGGGGCCUCCUUAUCUUAAUCCCCGGGCGCGUGUCGCCCCGAUAGACUCCUCCGUAGCCGAAUGUUUGGCAGAUACUAAAACGCUCAAAUCCAAUAUGGGCGCCGUAAUGACCAAGAUAAGUGUCUGCAGCUCCGCUACAAAUCCCUCAAAAGAGCCAGCCACCGCCGCCACGCGUAUUAAUCCCAAAAUUAACUGCUCUGCGAUGAGAGAGGCAGAUAGGGAGGGGGGGGGGGAGGCGAGGAGAGGUGGAUACUCGGCGAGGGCAGAGCGGCUCGCAGCAGGAAGCAAAGAAGCAGUCAGCCACCAAAAAUGCACAAACCUCAGUGAGACCGGCCACCUCCAGGACCAAGACAGUCCGAAGACUACCUGUACUGGGAGCAGGAACCUCCAGGAUCCAGCUGUAAGGGAGCUCCCUCCCCCGCUGAGCUGAUCUCCCUCCUCGUCUCACCGGCUGCCCCCCCCCCCCCCCCCCCACCCCUCUGAUCUCCCAAACCUCACUGCUGUAACCGAACGGAUGGAUGAGAAGUUUCAGGGUUUUACAGAACAGCUGAUGUAAAACUUGUUCACAGUUCUAAAAGGUCUGAUUUCAGGGUUGAACUUGAGUUUCCGACUUAUUAUGAAUCAGAUUUUAGGGCUCAUGUUUGAGUUGAAGAAAAGAAGACAUUUUUAACGUAAUAAAGAAGAAGAUUUAGAGGAAAACAAUGUAGGAAGAAAUGUUUAAAUGUCAUCAUCUAAAUGACCUUUAGAAGUGUUCGGAUGAAUACAAUUCUAAUCGAUUGCAGUCACAUCUUUAUAUUUCUUAGAGGAGAAUCUGUAGAGCUGUAGAGAGAUAUUUCAGAAAGUUACAAAAACGAAAUUAUAAUCAGCUUAAUCUUUUGUUAUGAAUUUCUUUUGUUUGUUCACUUUUUGAGUUUGUUUUGGUGUCUUUUGAUGAUGACAACGUUUGAACUGUGCCGAUGAAAAGACGAACUGGUCUAAAGCACCAGUAGUGUGAGUGUGAGGAAGCUGUGGUGUUGAACUGACCUGAAACCAGCUGCUUAGUUUACAGCUACCUCUGAGACGGACCCUCCAUCUUCCUGUUUUAAGUUCCUCACUGGAGGCUGAUUGAACAAAGAAAUGUUGGUCUACUGAGUUAAAAAUGAAGACGUCAUCUUCCUCCGUAGCUACCGAGCUCAGCUGUAAAAGUUGCUGUUAGUCGACAGAUUAAAACUGUUGUAUUCACGUGUUUCCUUUGAUUACCAGCUCCUAUCAACAGCUGAUCGGUUAAGACCAAACAAGGUAAAAUAAGCAGCAGCAAACAGAAAUGUGUUUACAAUGUUUACUGAGGUAAUAAAUCAAGAGAGAAGUAGUCAUUUUCUCAUAGACUUCUAUACAACCAGAGGAGUCGCCCCCUGGUGGACACUAGAGAGAAUGCAAGUGUAAGUACAGAAGAAGGCAUAUUGAGACACAGCGUAGAGUCUGUCUUUGGUUUUCCUUUCUUUCCACAUCUUCCCUCACAAACCUCUUCCUCUGCUCCUGCAGAGACACAAACACGUCUUCAGCCAGUUGCAUGACGUCUAACUGUAUCCCAGUCGUCAAUGCUGCAGUUUGUGUUAUCUGUUAAAACCGAAUGCUGCAGCACAAGUAGCACGUAGCCAGUUACUUCCUGACAAACAUCACUCGGUCCGUGUCUAUGGACGAUGUCAGUAUUCACUCACAGUUGUAGCCGGUAGAAUCAGCGCCAUGUUCAUCUGUUUCGUGACUCCGUAGAUAAACAUCACACAACCACAGAGCAAGAAGAAAUAUGUAGAGGUGGGACAAACCUGCUGCUGAGGUACAGAUUGAAGCUUGUAGAAAAUGAUUGUUAAUAAAAGCUACAAAUAUUAAGACACAUUUGUUGAACUUUAAAAUACACAAAGGGGCCAAUGCAAUGUAUUUUACUGUAUUUAAAGAAGCUAAACUUUAGAACUUAAACUGUGUUAUCGCGACUGAAAUCAAUUCUGAGGACUCAAAGGGAGGAAAGUCAUUCAGACACGCUGGUAGACUUUGAUUUAUUCGAGCGUGACUCAUUCACCAGAGCAAUGAGAGAAUCAUUUAUUUAGGUUAUAUUCGGUGGUGUCUGUCGGAAACAACGGUGGAACCAGUAUGUUGAUGUUGGAGUGCAGGAAGCUGAGGAGCUCAUUGGAUCAGAAGACGCAUUAUGGGAUGUUUCUAACGACACUGACAAAAGAUGCUUUCUUUUUAUUUUCGUUUUUAUCCUUUGAA